AUGCAGAACGAAGUGAAAAAAUACGCCUGGUUACUUCGACACNUUGCGGGCUCGCUGCAUCCCAUUACGGGCUCGCUGCAUCCCAUUACGGGCUCGCUGCAUCCCAUUACGGGCUCGCUGCAUCCCAUUACGGGCUCGCUGCAUCCCAUUACGGGCUCGCUGCAUCCCAUUACGGGCUCGCUGCAUCCCAUUACGGGCUCGCUGCAUCCCAUUACGGGCUCGCUGCAUCCCAUUACGGGCUCGCUGCAUCCCAUUACGGGCUCGCUGCAUCCCAUUACGGGCUCGCUGCAUCCCAUUACGGGCUCGCUGCAUCCCAUUACGGGCUCGCUGCAUCCCAUUACGGGCUCGCUGCAUCCCAUUACGGGCUCGCUGCAUCCCAUUACGGGCUCGCUGCAUCCCAUUACGGGCUCGCUGCAUCCCAUUACGGGCUCGCUGCAUCCCAUUACGGGCUCGCUGCAUCCCAUUACGGGCUCGCUGCAUCCCAUUACGGGCUCGCUGCAUCCCAUUACGGGCUCGCUGCAUCCCAUUACGGGCUCGCUGCAUCCCAUUACGGGCUCGCUGCAUCCCAUUACGGGCUCGCUGCAUCCCAUUACGGGCUCGCUGCAUCCCAUUACGGGCUCGCUGCAUCCCAUUACGGGCUCGCUGCAUCCCAUUACGGGCUCGCUGCAUCCCAUUACGGGCUCGCUGCAUCCCAUUACGGGCUCGCUGCAUCCCAUUACGGGCUCGCUGCAUCCCAUUACGGGCUCGCUGCAUCCCAUUACGGGCUCGCUGCAUCCCAUUACGGGCUCGCUGCAUCCCAUUACGGGCUCGCUGCAUCCCAUUACGGGCUCGCUGCAUCCCAUUACGGGCUCGCUGCAUCCCAUUACGGGCUCGCUGCAUCCCAUUACGGGCUCGCUGCAUCCCAUUACGGGCUCGCUGCAUCCCAUUACGGGCUCGCUGCAUCCCAUUACGGGCUCGCUGCAUCCCAUUACGGGCUCGCUGCAUCCCAUUACGGGCUCGCUGCAUCCCAUUACGGGCUCGCUGCAUCCCAUUACGGGCUCGCUGCAUCCCAUUACGGGCUCGCUGCAUCCCAUUGCGGGCUCGCUGCAUCCCAUUACGGGCUCGCUGCAUCCCAUUACGGGCUCGCUGCAUCCCAUUGCGGGUUCGCUGCAUCCCAUUGCGGGUUCGCUGCAUCCCAUUGCGAACUUUAUGCUCCCCAUUACAGUCUGCGAUGACUGUAGUGUUAACACAGUCUACGAUGAUGGUAGUGUUAACACAGUCUACGAUGAUGGUGGUGUUAACACAGUGUACGAUGACGGUGGUGUUAACACAGUCUACGAUGAUGGUGGUGUUAACACAGUCUACGAUGAUGGUGGUGUUAACACAGUNGCAUUACUGGUGCACCGCUGCUGCAUUACUGGUGCACCGCUGCUGCAUUACUGGUGCACCGCUGCUGCAUUACUGGUGCACCGCUGCUGCAUUACUGGUCGCCCCAUGACCUUGAACGACUCCGCCAGCGUGCGGCGGUGGUGGCUGUUCCUGUUGGUCGCCUGCGCGGUGCUGUUGCUUCUUCCCGGCGCCCUCGCACGUCCAGUGAGCACCCGCAGCUACGGGGACGACGCAUACGAUGCGGAGUCGUCGUUGAUGGUAGUACACGUAGUGUCAGGGAGCACCGCGCGUCUGCCGUGCGACUCGCGGCCGCUGCACGCGCAGGACGCGGCGCGUCUGGUGCUGUGGUAUGGCCACGACCACACCAAGCCGCUGCUCAGUUACGACAGCAGAACUCGAGUCCGCAGAAAGCAAGCGGAUCUGUUCAACAAUACUGACUAUAAAUCUUUCAAACUCGACACUUUUCACUCCGAAAAAAGUGUCUACUCACAAUACAGACGUAAUGCAAACACAAAAGCUGAUUACGCUGACCAAAGUUUAAAAAAUAAUAAAUUUGAGAGUGUGGCAGUAAAGACAUCUCUCACACCCGAGUAUUCAAAUCAAUUUCUAACCCCAUUAUCAAAACCUUCCGACUCGCCUUUGAAUAAUUUUGAUAUUUUUUCACCUCGGCGCGUCCGUCGGUCGAUUAGUCACUUUAGAUUAGGUGUCGGUCCAGAAACGCAAUUUUAUAAUUUGAGGUCAUUUUUAGACUCCAGCUCAUCACGUUCAUUUUUAGACUCCAGCUCAUCACGUUCAUUUUUCUACCACAAUUCAACAAAAUUUUUCUCCCCGCUUUCUUCCAUGCCUUUAGCUCAACCCACAUUUAUACCUAUAUUAUCAGACUCAACAUCUGCACCAUAUUAUUCACAACUCUUUCCAAAACAUCUAAAUUCUCCCACCUCAGUCAAUGCUACUCUCUCUAAGUAUUCUCUCCGACAACCCUCACACACCACGCAUCUCAGUCUCGAGAGGGAGGGGGCGGUGUUGGUUCUACGUGACGUCACUCUCAAGGAUCAAGGAGACUAUCGCUGCGUAGUGCACUACCGCACCAGCCCCGUACAGGCCAGGCGACUCCGUUUCCAUGUCCACAACCAAGUCCACACCGUGACGCUGCUGCACGACAACGGCGAGGCCGUGGGGCGCGCGCUCAAGCCGUUCUCUGAAGGGCAUCGUCUGAGCAUCACGUGCCGAGCUCUGGCGGGUAGUGAUCUUGAGAGGCUUGUAUGGCUGAUAGACGGCGAGCUGUUGCAGUCUUCGUGGUCGCAGCCUCAGCCACACGUUGCUGUGAGUCGCCUGACGCUGGCGCUGAAGGCGGCCUACGACGGCCGGCAGCUCACGUGUCGCGUCGCCAGCAGGCAACCCGCACGACGCAAGGCGCUGCCUCACGAAAAUGAGCGCUCCUGGGCGUUAAAAAACGCUACCGAUGCGGAGUGGUUAUCAGGCUAUCCGGACCACGAGCUCACCAAUGAGUACCCAAAUGCCGCGGCAACCACUUACUUUAAUUUGAAAAAUUUGACGAGCAACGGAAUUUCGUCUAAAAAAGCAGCAGAAUUCCCUGCAAGCGGCAAGAAGCGGCACAAAAACCGCGUCAAAAAUUCCCAGUCAAAGCAACUCGUGAUCGUCGAGGCAUCGGUUCUGAUCAGCGUAUUGGCGGUGCCUGAGACGGUGCUGGAGGUGGAGGGUGGAGGGGGAGGAGUGAGGGUGGAGGUGGAGGAGGGCAAUAAGCUGGUGCUGCGAUGCAAGAUUUCCGCCAAACCUCCGCCAGAUUACGUCGCUUUCCUCCUGAACGGGCGGGUUGUGCACAAGAAAAAACUUGCUGACAAGGAAGUUCUGAAGCACGCGUCCUCAUCAAAACAAAAUGAAAAUAUUCCCAAAAUUCUGAGUGAAGCGAGCGGCCUCUUCACUUCCGGGAAGCGCCACACGAGGAGCCGCAGCCGCUCUUCUAGUGAAGAGAUGAUUUCUUCGCUACAAUAUUUCUUAGCACACUUUCCUCAAUUUGGUUUUGAUGAUAGAAAGCCGGAAAAAUUAAAGCUUUCGAGAGCGGAUUGUGACAAGAAUGCCCAAAAAAGUAACAUUAUUGACGACAAGGAGCAACUGCAGGCCGAUGAAAUCAUACCAAAAAGUACAAAACUCAGUCCAGUUAUGCGCUCAGGAAGUGAUGAAGCGGAGCACAAAAAUUCGCGUGCAAAAUUCCGAAAAUUUCUUGAAAAAGAAGACUCGGAAUACCUGCAGUCCCUAACUUUAAAAAAUCCUAAGCCUUUUUUGUCGAGCGAAGAGGAAUUAAAAAAUGCGUUACAUGAGAAGCUCUCAGAGAAAAUAGAUGAUCUAAAGGAGAUGAAGGUUGAUUUUGUGGUGGCCGAGGCGACGGCCGCGACUGGCGGGCUGUACACUUGCGUGGCCAGCAACAGCGAGGGCGAUGGACAGAGCAACGCUGUGCUGGUCUCCAUCACUCAUGCCCCGCGCUGUUCAUCCUCAAGUCAUCAAGAACUAAGGGCAUCUGUGGGCACCAUUCUCCACUGCCCCAUCACGGCAAAUCCUCCUGCUACGGGCAUCAUCUGGGUACGCACCGGUGCCUUUAGUUCUCACAGUCCCGCUGGGAUGAAAGACUCGCCGGGGCAACCCAGUGCUGCCGCUCCAGAGACUUCCACGCAAAAAUCUAACGUCCGUCUAGAAACCUACAAUCCUGAUUAUUUUAAUCCCGAUAGCCGAAGUAAAACAGCCUCCGAAAACUCGAUUGAAGAUUUUGUUACCGAUACCACUGGAAAUGCGACAAUUAAUUUCGCCACUUCGGAGACUGCCGAUGUUGGCCGUAAGAACUCAAGCUCUUACAAUUUCAUCGUUGCUCCAGCGGUAUUGGGUACAACAAGCAGUCACGAUCUCAAGUUAACGGCAAAAAUGAUCGAAUCGUUGAAAAUCAGUAGAAUGAAAACUGCUGCUUCGAAAAAUUUGGAACCAGAAGACCUGAUGGAUAUACCUUCAAAUAAAUUUGUAGCCAAGUCGAAAGUUGACGAAAAAGUCGUUGAAAAUGUUGACAGGAACAAACAAUUUUCAGCGUACGACUCUUCGAACCGACUAGGAAGAGCCACUCUAGACUCAGCUUGGACUGAAAAUAAAUUAAAUACGAGUACACUUUACACUGCAAACUCGGGACAAUCUCUCGUCGGGACGAGUCACUCUGAAGCCCGCGAGUCUGCACCCAAGGCCGCGCCCCUCGGCACCGCAGACGCCGGCCACGCCGACGCUGUCGAGGUUGCCUGCUACGCCAUCAACUCGCGGGGCUACAGCCCCCAGCCGUGCUACUUCACGCUCCUCAUGUCAGAGCAACCGCCUCCACCCUCAGACUGCUCGGCCACUUCCAGAAGCGCCACGUGGUUGACGGUCACCUGCUCACCCCCGCUCCCCUCAUCUACCCUCACCACGCUGCAGCUUUGGUCGCCAACGGGCCAUCUUGUACGAAAUAUCUCGUCAGAGGACGCUAAUUUUGACGUGCGUGACCUACCGCCUUCGUCUGCCCUGCAGCUUCGUUUGUUUUCCACGUCUUCAACUGGCCUCUUGUCUUCGCCGGUGCUACUGCAGGCGAUCUUGUUGCCAGAGGAUACGACAGAGGACUACACAUCCUCUACUACCACCGACCCUCCAGUUGCAGCGUCCCUGCUUCCUCUACCAACGUCAAUGCCUCCUGUUGUUCUACCUUUACCUUCCUACCAACCAUCUAGCAUCAUUCUGGUACUGAUGCUGAGUGUGGUUGUGGCGACAUCUCUGGUGAUGAUAUUGUGUGGUGCCGCUAAACUAUUGCGUUGCAAUCGACACCACAAUCACCAAUCAAGUAUUGCAAAUCAGACAUCAGAAGCCACCACCUACGAGUCGAGACAGUCUGAGUGUGGCAGCGAAGACGUAUCAACUCCUAAUGAUGGUUAUCAGAAAAUGUAUGCGGUUCGCAAUCUCUCUGCUACAGAUAAAACAAAUUUACAAAUUUUAUGUUCAACUCCUGGCGCAGUGCAGCCAAUAGAGUUGAAUCGCGAGACUAUUUUCAGCGGAGCACAUCCCCAUGAAUUUGGCCGUCGUGUCAGUGAUGAGGCAUCAGCUUUGCCAGAAUAUAACUAUUUGCAAGAUUAUUCUACUCGGUUGGCGUCUGCGGCUCAAGUAGAAGCCAUGAUUGGGGGAAGGCAAAUGCCUGUAUGUUGUAAAGCCUACUCAUUUAUUCAAGAAAAUUUCGACGAUGUUAGAAAUCCCUGCCGCUCCGAAGCCACAGGAGAAGAGAGUCCGCCCACUGAAGAUGAUGAAGGCGAUCGUAGAGCAAACAGCGCACUCAAAAAUUGCGAUAUUAUUUUGAAAAAAGUAGUCAUUAAAGAUAAUAACUACACUGGAGUCGGCCUUGACGGUUGUAGAAUGAAUGCCUCCAGCUGUGCCAUAGAACAAAUUCAUGGAUAUUCACACAGUGAUGGAGCCAGUUUGAAGGUUGGUACGAAUUCUAUCAAGUGUACAGAAGUGAAGGUUAAUAUGCCUACCAUCCAACAUAGCCUCUGUGAAAACGAUUCAGUUGAUGGAUUGACAGCAGAUAACAAUCCGGAUUACCCAAUAGAAGACGCGAAAUUUAUAUCAACUCUUCCGGUAAAACUUCGGUCGAAGUUAGACGAUAAGCUCUUGGAUAACCGGAAGAGUCGCACGGCUUUUUUGCCUGCGACAAACAAGUUGUUCGCUGAGGCGGACAGGCGACCCGAUCAAAAUAUAAAAACUUAUAGAAAUGAACCUAUCUCUCAAGUUGUGCAUCUGGGGUUCAAAGCAGGAACAAUGGAAGGAGGUUCUGCAGCUUCCCUAUACGCUCGGGACGUGGAGAGGAUAUUUGCAGCAGCCGACACCGAAGGUCAGCUCUGCGCCGAAUCGGCGGAGCUAUUCUUUUCAGCUGGGAAGAGAAGUGAAGAAGCCGCAGCUGCAAAUUUCUAUUAAAAAUAAUGGACGUCCCAACCUCGGCUACUUACAUUCGCCGACCAUCACUCGCCCAAGAUGUCUAGCCGGCAUAGAAUUAUACAUCGCUCUCAAACCGUUCAAGAGGAAGAGUCAAUAUUAAUGUUGAGCUCCCAAGUUGGACCAGCACCGCAAGAAGUACACGACAAUUGCCCCAAGUCCUCGAUUGGUCCGCUGGGAAAAGAAGCAUAAAGGCAUUAAUACAUUCAAAUCGCACAUAAACACAUGAAUAGCUUGGCCAUAACUGCUUGGAUACACAAUCACCAACUGCCAGUUGGCUGCUCACCCUCAACUGCCAGAUGUAUUAUCUUACCGGGGCAGCUGAGGCCCGGCCAUUUGCUGCCACUGGUCGGUGCUGCAGACGAGGGGCACCGCGUGGUAGCUGAGACGCGCCGCGCCGCCCAUGACGACCACGUCCCCAGACCGCAGCGCGAGUGCGGACGGCGGUACACUUUUGUCUCGUCCGCCGAUUAGGAACACACAUGGACGUCCAAGACUGGAAAUAUAAAGAUGACAUAUAUACGUUAUUUAUUUUACACUACCGUGUGUCAACAUUGCUAUAACGGGAAGGGUUACG